AUGGCUGCAUUACAUGGUUUUACCAAGUAUCAGUCACCAAGUCCUUCUGCAAAAUUCUCAGACAGUUUCUUUGACAAAUUGACAUUUUCAAGUAUUGUGGACCUUGACUACCCCAGCAUUGCACCAAGAUAUUCAUUGUCAAACUUUGUCUAA